AUGGUAACAAACCAGGAACUGCCUCUUUUCCAAGUCCACGACGACCCGGAAUCAAUCCGCGCAGUCGCAAAUACAAUUACCUCCUCUUUCGCCGAAGAUCCGCUGAUAAGAUGGCUGCGCCCACUCGCCGGGCCGUGGUCAGCCAGCGAUCCAAAUACGUCCAAAUGGCAGUAUCGUCGAGUUCUGAGGGCUGUUGCGGAUGGUAUUGUGUUGGUCUCUGCUACCGUCACUGAGGUAGAUCGAGAGUUCCAUAAAGACGGCAAGUUAUGUGAACGGUUGACUGUCGAACGGGAUGCAGGCGCAGUGGCCUUGUUGUUUCCUCCUCGAAGAGGUUGCCGCUGGACCCUGGGCAGGAUACUGCUUUGGUGGAAGGUAUGGUUUCUUGAUAUUGUUAGCCCUGUCCACGAGAAGGGUGAGAAUGACAAGAGGUUAAAACAACUGAUGGAUGCCCAUGAACGGGUGGUUACGAACGUCCAAGACACAUAUCGCAUUCCUGACCUGUGGUAUCUAGAGGUUAUCGCUGUACACCCCUGCCUCCAAGGUCGUGGGCUGGGGAGGAAGGCACUUCGUUCUGUGCUAGACCAUACGAACGAUGAGCCUGUCAUCCUCGAGUGUACAAACGGGGAUAAUGUCGCGUUUUACGAACGACUUGGAUUCAAAGUUGUAGAAGAAGUCGAGUUGGUUGAGGAUGGUGCAGGAGUCAAGCUGUGGUUCAUGCUGCGACAAGGCCUGCGAAAGCAGACGGACUGA